AUGAACGUUGGUGUAACUGAAGGUCAAGAUGACUCGUUUACCACAUUUUUCAACGAGUCUGUCGCUGGAAAGUAUGUUCCGCGAUCAAUUUUUGUCGACUUGGAGCCGACAGUUGUUGGUAAGUACUAAAAGUGUAGACUGAUACAGGCCCAGUUCCUGAAAGGCCGAUUAGCACUAAUCAAUUUUAAAAAAGAUUAAAAUUGUGUACCGUAAUUGUAUUCUACCUUCCUAUGCAUGGCUUAGGGUGACAUUUUGAGUUAUCAUUACUGUAUUUCGUAGUAAAAGCUCAAUAGUAUUUUGUAACCUCGAGUUGCAUGUUCCUAGACGAGAAAUCCUUGCUUGACUAGUUAACCAUCUUUCGAGGAACCGGGCCUGGAGCGUCUUUUCAUUUUAGUGGUCCAAGCGGGGCCGUUUAAUAGAUAGGAGGCGUUUAUUCUCAAAACUGUAACAAGCUCUACAAAACUAAUAUGCAUUUCGUCGAAAAUUUCAAGUAAUAUAUCAAGUAUGAGAGAGAGUUGAACAUACGACGCGCAGCGGAGUAUUUUUGACGAACUUCGAGGUGAUUCAUCAGGUGAUGAAACACUGCCGCUCAUGCUUGCUAUUACUUCUCAUACAAAAUAGCUCAAAAUGAUUUUAGAAGGAGAAAUUAAGCAUGUAAAAAUGAGCAGUUUUUCAUCUGAUUUCCAAACACUCAUUAAACAUUAAUUUUCUUUGUAUUUCCUUGAUGAGUUUGCGAAGAGAGUUAAUAAGUAGCGGAAUAUCCACCCCAUCAAUUGAUACUUUCUAGGCCGUCUACAGAUCCAUAUGUCUCUUUCAAAUCCCAACAUCGACGUCAGAAUCAUUGCUCAGGGUUAUUGUUUUGCCGUUGUUGGUCUAUCAUCGUCUUAAACUUGACAUUGAACAAGAUGAAAUACGCAAACCAUAUUAAUGCUGAAUGAAUUGAACGAUUUUUCUCCUUUUUGGUAAUUCCUAGUACUUUGGAGUAAUUCUCAUAGGCGUGCGGAGUCUAAUCAAUUUUUAACAGCAUAGAGGGGGCGUUUAUUAGUCAAAGGGGCGUUUAUUUGGAAGUGGGCGCGUAUUAGGUCAUUUACGGUAGCUAAUAUAAGCUUAGUAAAAUCUUCGGUGUUUUUGCUUAUAUAUGGAAAAGAAGAUUUUCUUUGGAAACAGUCUAGCAAACCACUUCCAGUACUGAUCAUGCUUAACAGGUAUUACUUACUUUCACCAUGUUAACCAUUAUUUUUUUAGUCUUGUUUCUUCCACUUUGGAAUUUUUAAUUACUGGAUUUAUAACCCCCCAAAGUUACUGUUCACCUUAAAGAUUAUUUUAGUGUAAAAAAAGUUCUUUCCGACUUCAGCUUCAACUCCUACUCGGCGUGUGUCAUGAUUGAUUAGGUUUUAAGAAUGCCUUGUUAAGAGCAAAAAAAGUACUAAACAGUAAAAAGAUUAUAACAAGUUAACGAUUCGCUUUGUCUGAUCCAUCCUUAGACGAAGCUCGCACGGGAGUCUACCGUGACCUGUACCAUCCUGAACAGAUGAUCUGUGGCAAAGAGGAUGCUGCUAACAAUUAUGCUCGAGGUCAUUACACUGUCGGCAAGGAAAUCAUUGAUUUGGUCAUGGACAGGAUUCGAAGGCUGGUCAGUAGUUUUUCAAAACUGCUGUAUGGGUAGACGCCUUGUCUUCAGACUUCUGAGGCAGACAUGGGUGGAGAAGGAAUGGUAGUAAAAUUGCCUCUGGAGAGAUAUUGAUGAAUAAUUUAAAGGCCAAACAGUGUGAUCCGGUCGGGCUCCACCCCAAAUGAAAUCAUCAACAGCUUUACUCCAGGGAAAUUAAUGAAAGAUGAAAAAUGAAAAAAAAAAAAGUUUGGGAAACAAAAAGAAAACGAUGGGGUCGAAAAAGGCCAAAAAAAAAAAGCAACAAAAGAGGAGAAAAAAAAAUUAAAAGAAAGAAAAAAACAAAAACAAAAUAAAUCAACCCCCCAUCGGGCUAAACAGUUAAAAUGAAAAAAAAAACCUGGAAAUUGUAUAUCUGUUGGUGGUUUCAUUUGCCCCUUCCUGAGAUCAAACUUCACUAUAAAAUUAUUUCUUUUCAAACAAUAACUCAGAUCUCCUUUGGCGAUUAGCAGUCGUCGAGGAUAAUGAUACGCUGUGUUAUGUAGUGAUUCACGAUUGUGGGCAAUACGUAUUUUGUAGCAAUUUUUAUUUCUCUCUUCUGAGGAAGGGGGGCGUGUUUGUGCCGGUUGGGGUGGUUUGUUUUCAUUUUAUUUGCAACCGUCAAUCAGACAAGACAUUUGCAGCCUUUUUCUUGACGCCUACACUGCUAUUCCUCAUGUUCUGCCUCAGUUUAGUUGGUGUUGAAAUUAUCAAGAUCUUGCUACCGUUUCUGGAAAGGUUGUGCCUUGCUAUUGGGUAGACUAGAAAACUUUCAACUAGCCUAGCCCCUGUAGCUAGGCCAGGUGGUAGUUUUCUAGUCUACCCAAGGGUACUUUGCUCCUUAGGCAGACCAGUGUUCCGGUCUACAAGGAUUUCUCCUGACCCAUUCGUUUGGUGGUGGAACUGGAUCCGGGUUUUCCUCCCUCCUUAUUGAACGCCUGGCUAUUGAUUAUGGCAAGAAGUCCAAGUUGGAGUUCUGUGUAUACCCAGCGCCUAGAGUCUCUACUGCUGUAGUGGAGCCGUACAACGCGGUGCUGACGACACAUUCAACUCUUGAACACGCCGAUUGCUCUUUCAUGAUGGAUAACGAGGCCAUUUACGAUCUAUGCCGCAAGAACUUAGACGUUGAACGACCCACCUACACGAAUCUGAACCGUCUAAUCAGCCAAGUAGUUUCAUCGAUCACUGCUUCCCUUCGUUUUGACGGUGCCCUCAAUGUCGACCUGACGGAGUUUCAGACUAACCUUGUACCGUACCCUAGAAUUCACUACCCACUUGUAUCCUACUCACCUAUAAUAUCUGCUGAAAAAGCUUACCACGAGCAGUUGACAACGACCGAAAUUACAAAUCGGUGCUUUGAACCAACCAAUCAGAUGGUAAAAUGUGAUCCGCGACACGGACAGUACAUGGCUUGUUGCUUGCUGUAUAGAGGCGACGUUGUCCCCAAAGAUGUGAACGCAGCGAUUUGCGCCAUUAAGUCGAAACGCACUGUCCAGUUUGUAGAGUGGUGCCCGACGGGUUUCAAGGUUGGUAUAAAUUACCAGCCCCCGACUACUGUCCCAGGAGGGGAUCAGGCUAAGUUACUCCGUGCUCUUUGCAUGCUCAGUAACAGUACAGCUAUCUCUGAGGCGUGGGCGCGUUUAGAUCACAAGUUUGAUCUGAUGUUCACCAAACGAGCUUUUGUCCAUUGGUAUGUGGGGGAGGGGAUGGAGGAAGGAGAGUUCAUUGAGGCCCGUGAGGACCUUGCCGCAUUGGAAAAGGAUUAUGAAGAAGUGGAAGCCACAGCUUCGGAUUACGAUGAUGAAUACUGA